GCAAUAAACCUUCCUCCUGCUAAUUUUAAUUUAUUCUGUAGCUUCGUACAGAGAGCGACGCACGCGCAUACGUUUGUUACCAUGAAGAUAGUUUUCCUCUUACUUGUGUUGUUUGGUGUUGUUUGUGGAAAUGAUGAGGACUUAAGGAUUAUCGACUCAAUAGUACAAGAGCAGCCGUGCGUUCAGGCGGGAGGUAUUUGCACCGUCGCAGCAGACUGUCCCAAAGGACAUCUAGCAGAAAGGCAAGGACUAUGUCCCACACAGCGGAAGCAAGGCAUCGACUGUUGCCAUGGAGUGUCAAUGAAGGAAACUCGCUGCCGGAAGCAUGGAGGAAUUUGUAUGACGCAAGAGACGUAUUGCAACCCUAGCCUAGUGUUUGACGGGGCCAACGAUUGUCCUAAAGAAGAGAAAUGUUGUAUUAUGGUGCAAUAGUGCGAUGAAAAAGAUUAAAAUAAAAUAAAUAGUAUUAAGUAUU